CGGUAUCCUGGUCACGUUUAAAUAAUGUUUAAAAAACUGAAACAGAAGAUUAAAGAGGGAGUUGAAAACUCUCCGGUGAAGAAUUUUGCGGACAACUUUGCACAAGCUGUUAGCCCCGAUCAUAAACCCAGUGAAGGAGCCACAGCCAAUGACAGUGCAUCUGGUACGCAGUCUCCAACACCAGAGGGUGCUGCCAAGGAUGCAGGAGAAGCCAAAGUAGGAGUUUUGGUGGACAUUGCAGAUGGAGGUUCUGGAGACAAUGGUAUGGUGGAAGUGCCCCUGGAGUCUCCCAAUCACGGGACUAUGGAGAAUAGUGUGCUCUCAGAGAGCAAGUUGGAGGAAAUGAUAACAGCAGAGGUGCCAGAGUCUCCAGUCGUGCGCUCCCGCCAUUCUUCCAUGAGCUCAAACGUCAGUGAAAGCCCCUUGUUUCCGCCGCUGGAUCUUUCCCAUCGCCAAUACGUUCCACCCUCCGACAUUGAGAGUGAGUUUGAAGAGACUCCUCAGCAGCACAACCUAAGUCAUGUCUCCAAGGAAGAACUGUUCCAGAAACUGUUGAAGGUAGAGAAGAGGAUGGUACGCUACAAGACCAAGUUUACUCAGUUGAUGAAUGCCUAUCAGGAAACAGAUAGAGAGCGAGAGAAGUUAAAGAAUACCCUGACCCAGUCCCAGGACAAGGCUUUCCGCAGGAUCUCAGAGCUGCGAGAACAGGUCCAGCUAGACCAGCAGGCCAAGAGACACAUCGAGGACAACUACAUGCUGAUGAUGGAGGAGAAGGAGGAGAAGCUGAAGGUGUUACAGAUGCAGGUCCAACUUCUCAAGGAAGGCAAGGAAAUUCCAGCAGAACUGGAGGAGAAGAUGAAAGCCCCCAGUAAGGCUGAAGUGCCCACCAGGGGGCAGGGUGAUGGGGCACCUGCAGAUGGUGCUGGUGAAGCUGCUGCACUCAAAGAAAAGGUGAAGAGACUGGAGGGUUUACUGAACAGAUGUAAGGAGACAAUAAAGAGUAACAAGGAGAAGACAGCACAGCUGGUCAGUGAGAAGGAGGCUCUACAGAAACAGCUGGACGCCAAGGGGGCGGAGCAACAGCAGGAGAAACCCAAGGAAGAGGCACCCACCACCCCAGUCAGCAGCCCGGCACCAUCAGCUGCAGUGGACAAACUAAAACACCAGAUUCUAGAGGCUAGGAAGCUGAUCAAGGACCUGGAGACAGAGAAAGCCAUGGCCAUCGCCGAGGCCAAGCAGCAGAUGCAUGUUGCCAUGGAGGAGAAAGACGAGGAGCUGAACCGGGUGAAGGAAAGCAGCCACGGCUUGACGGAGGAGAAUGAACAGCUGAAGGAAAAGGUGGAGAAGCUGGAAAAACAAGGAAAGGAACAUCUGGAGAAGUCUCGAGAGAUCAUCAAGAAACUGAAGGAGGAAAAGAAUAAGCUUGUGGAGGAAUCACAGCAGAAACUGGCAGAGGCAGAGAAGAAUUUGGAAGACGAGAAACAAAACUUGAUCCAGGAAUUGAAGAGAGGAAAGACGGCUGCUGUGACACUUCUGCAGCAAGAAAUGGAGAGAAAACUAGAGGAGAAGGUCCAGGAGAUGACUCAGCAAAAAGAGGAGGCUCUGGCAAAUAACACCAAGGAAUGGGAGGAAAGAAUGGCAGAGAAAGAAAAAGAAAACCAAGAAGCUCUUGUUGUCAAGGAAAAAGAAAAAGAACAUGCCUUGAAGCAGAAACAAGAAGAGCUUGAAAGAGCUCUCCAGGAGAAGGAGAAUGAGACACGAUUGGCUAUAGAGGAGAGAGAACUCCAGAAGAUGGCAGCGCUGACUGCUCAAGAUGGGCAGAAGGAUGAGCUGCAGCAGAUGAUAGAGCAGCUAAAGGGGAAACAAAUAGAACAGGAGAACAUUAUACAGAAAAUGACAGAAGACCACAGACAAGAAGUCGCAGAUCUGACAAAUCAAAUUGAAGAUAACUUCCAGCGCAAAAAACAAGAACUGCUUGAACUUCAGAGCAAGCAACAGGAAGAGAUUGAGCAAAUGAGAAUGACUUUCGAACAAACUGAACAAGAAAAGCUGUCUGCCUUGAGAAGAGAACACAUUGAAGAAUUAGAAGUCUUGAAUAGAAAACAUGAAGAGGCCUUACAAGGGACGAGUUCUGAUAUCGAGGUCCAGUUCAAGGAACACAUGGAGACUUUAAAAACCCAGCACGAAAACCAGAUACAAGAAAAACAGACACAAAUGGACCAGCUGAAAGCCAAGUUCAAGGAGCACCUGCAAAAGGUCAAAGGUCAACUAGAAGCCCAGAUUCAAGACAAGCAAUCCCAGCUGGAUGACCUUGCGCAUCGUCACGAAGAGCAACUGUCCAGCGUCAGGUCACAAAGUGAGACACAGUUACAGGAGAAAGCGGCACAAAUUGAACAACUUUCCCGCACAAUUGAAGACCUGAGAACUCAGGAGAAUAGUCUGAAUUCACAAAUUGAUGCCACGCGGCAAGAGUACGAAGAGAGAAUUUCUGGGCUUGAGAGACAGUUGACCGAGAGUAAUGAGCAGAAUGAAAAACAACAGAAAGAUAGGGAGAAUGUAGAAAAAGACUUUGAAGUCAAACAGGCCGAAUUUGUGGGCAGAAUUACGGAACUGUCCAAUCUCAUACAAACACUGCAUCAAAACAUUGAAGAAAUGACUCAAAAAAAUUCUCAGUUAGAAUCCAAAACUUCUGAUUUGGAAAACAAAGUGUCUGAAUUAGAGUCUGAUAAAUCUGCACUCGAAAAAGUUCGAGAGGAAAAAGAUAAAGAAUUAAAAAGUUGUGUAGAGCAGUAUGAAGACAGGCUGAGAAUGGAGAAAGAAGGGUUUGAAAAAGAAAUGCAGAGACAAGUGGAGGCAGUUGAAAUUCAAAGGCAGAGCUCUGUAAGUGAAGUCACAGUAGAACUAAGUGAUAAAUUGUCCAAGGCCAAUGAAACCAUCACAACACUGGAGAGGAGGGUGCAAGAAAUGACCCUCAAGGAGAAAGACUUAUUGAGUCAGCUCGAUGAAAUGAGCCGAGAACAUAGAGAAGUAGCCCAGGAGGCAAAUGAGAGUGUCUCCAAACUCCAAGAACAGCUUGAUGAAGCCCAGGGAAUGGCACAGGAAAGAAAAGUGAAACUUGAUGAACUAGAAAAAGAAAAUCAGAAUAAGGAUAAAGAGAUUGAGGAUUUGAGGACAGCCUCAGAGGAAAGUGUUCAAAAAUUACAUGCUAUGCAACAGCAGGUUGAAACAUUAACUGCUGAAAUUACUAAUAACAAUGAAGUGAUAGAGGUGCUUAAAAAUGAAAGUGAAAGCAAACAACAGCAAAUGUUAACGUUACAAGGAGAAAAAGAAAGCUAUCAACAGCAAGUGGAGAGUCUUCAAACUGAAUUACAACAAAAAAGUCACCAGCUUGAAGUAAUUGCUAAAGAGAACGAGCACGGACAGGCAGAAAAGGAGUCUCUUCAAAGGGAAAGUGAAAUCAUUGGUAACCAGCUGCAGGCUUUGCAGAGUGAGCUUGAACGUCGAACCGAUCAACUUGCCAAACUGGAGGAAGAGCUGAACCAAAAACAAGAACAGCUUCAAAACCUGAGGACUGAGUAUGAAGCAAAAAUAAGUGAGAUUGAAACCAACAACACAAGCCACGUUAACUCUCUUGUGACGGAGCAUAAAGAACAGCUUCAGCUCCAGUUACAACCUUUACAAAACGAUAUUGAAGUUAAAAGCAAUCAACUUGCCAAGCUGGAGGAAGAGUUACACCAGACACGGGAGCAGAUUCAAAACCAAAGGGCAGAGUAUGAUACUCAGAUACGUGAUAUUGAGAACGGUCAUGCAAAACAAUUAGAAACACUUUCUGCAGAGCAUGAACAAAAGCUACAGCAGACUUUACUCAGUGCUAGUGAAGAUAAAUCUGAUCAGCUAGCUAAAUUAGAAGAGAUGUUGAACCAGAGGCAAGAACAGAUUCAAAACCUUAAGACUGAAUAUGAAGCUAAAAUCAGCGAAAUUGAAGCAAAUAAUGAAAAGUACGUAGAAUCUCUUGCUGCUGAUCAUGCAGAAAAGCAACAGCAGCUUGCUCACUCACAUGAAGAAAAACUCCAGGAAGUUUACCAAUUAAACGAGCAGAAACUUCGAGAACUUCAGGAUUAUAGCCAGUCAAAAGAUGAAGAAGUGGAACAAUUGAAAGGUGAGCUAGGUAUUUGUAAUCAGGAACUAAUGUUACUUAAAGAACAGAUAGAGAAAUUAGAAUCUGCUCAUCAUGAGGAACUGGAUAGGGUUAGGUUAGAACUGAGCCAAAGUUACGAAAAUAAAUGUAAAGAACAGUCUGAACAAUUAGAGGCUUCCUAUCAGGAAAAUCUGAAAACAGAAAUGGAGCAAGUUACCUCAGCUUUUGAAGAAGAAAAGAAAAAACUGGUCUCUGAAAUGGAAAAUGUGCAAAGAGAGCUGAGCCACCUAAAGGACAAUGGCGACCACGAAACCCAAGCUAUUAUGGAGCAAGUUAGCAACCUUCAAGGGGAAAUUCUGACAAAAGAUUCUGAGAUUCAGGCACAAAUCCAGAAGGUUUCCAGUUUGGAAGAGAAAGUGGCCAGCUUGAGUUCCACAUUAGAAUCCAAAGAUCAAAGCUUGUCUGAGCUGGCCCACAUGCUUGAGGAUGUAGAAGGGAAGCUCGAAGAAAGGCGUCAGGUUAUGGAAUCCACAGAGAGGCUCCACUCCGAGGAAGCUGCUCGCUGGAAGUCCCAGGAAGAAGUGCUGUGUCAAGACUAUGAGACGAGGCUGGAAGAAGCCAGAGAAAAGAUGGAAGGUUUGGAAAACCGGAUCCAAGAGCUUACAACCCAAUUCGGGACCAGGGAAAAGGAGUUGAAGGAAACCCUAGAUCACCAAGUGGCCGAGGAAAGACAGAAAGUGCAAGCAGCUGAAGCAAAAGUACAGGAGCAGUCUCUACGCUUUGAACAACAGAUGGUGCACCUGACUCAGAGUUUGGGACAGGCUCAAGAACAGGGGACCAAGAUGGAAGAUGACUUAAAGGAGCGAGAGGAAAAGCUUAGGAAGUUUGAAGAGAAUGAGAAGGAUAAAGAUGAGGCCCUGUCUACAUUGGAAAAUAAACUUCAGGAACUGGUGUCCAAGAUGCAGGAGCAAGCUGCAGAAUACAAAGAAAAAGAGGAAGAAAUUAAAAAACAGUACAUGCAGCUAAGGGAGGAUGCUAAAACAAGACUCAAAGAAAUGCGAGAACGCAUGGAAGAAGAAAAAACCCAGAGCACAGACAAAAUAACAGCACUGGAGGCAGAGAUGACUGCAAUUAAAGAAAAACACGAAACAGAACUGCAAGAAAAGGACUGGCAUUUUAAUGAGAAGCUCACAGAACUUCAGAGUCAAAAUGAGAACCUCCAGAAAGACAUUGAGGACUACAUCCACAGCUACACAGAGAUUCAGAAUCAGAAUGAGGCUCUCAGAAAUCAGGUGGACGGACUCCAAGAUUCCGCAGCGAGUCAGGAUGAAAUUAUAAGAUCGGUCACCCAGCAGCUGGAGCAUAGGAUAGAGAGCUUGAACCAAGAGUAUGAGACUAUUGUGAAAGAGAAGGAAGCCAUUAUUGCCUCUAUGGAAGAAAGACACAAAACUCUGGAGGAAUCCAUUCAAAGUCUCAGUGACCAGUUGGAGGAGAAAAGUGCAAUUCAUCAGCAGAUACUGGAUACUAAGGAAGAAGAGUUGAAGAAGGCACUCGAGAAAAUGGCAGCAAUUGAGGAGUCCAGUGAGACAAUGAAAGUAGAAUAUGAAAAAAUAAUACAGGAGAAAAAUAAAACUAUAUCUAAUUUGGAAGAAGUCCAAAGUCAACAGCAAGAAGAAUUGAAGUCCGAGCUGAAGGAGAAGGACUUGUGGGUGGCUGAGGGGAACAAACAUCUUGAGAGGAAAGACGAGGAGUUGAGGCAGACCAAGGAAAAGUUUGCUCAACUCAAGGAAAAGGCAACAAACAAACUUCUGGAGUACAAGGCCUCUUUGGAAGAAAAAGAGGCAGAACUUGUGAAACUUAAAGAAGAAAACAAUCAAGUUAAACAGAAAGUGGAAGAUCAUGAACGGCUGAUGACAGAAAAGGAAGAGGCUCUAAGACAGGAACACGAGGCAGUACUGACAGAAACGAAGCAAGAAUAUGACAAACAGAUAGUUGAACUUCACCAAAAUGACGCAGAACUUCAGGAGAGGUUAAAAGAGCUGACGGAGAAGCUGAACAGAACUGAAGAACAGCUGCAUGAAUAUACCCAGGAGUAUGAGAGCAUGGUGGAACAAUACAAAGCAAAGUUGAUAGCACAACAGCAGCAGUUUGAGGCUGAUAGGAUGAAACUAAGGGAAGGAGCAGAGCUAUUUCAGAAGACGAUGGAGAGUCAGGUACAGGAGAGUGAAGACAAAGUGUUGGCUCUAUCACAGCAAAAACAGGAAGAAUUGGGCACCCUGAAAAAAGAGCAUGAUGAAAAGUUGAAAGAAUUAAAACAAAAAUAUGUGGCUAAGGUUAAAGAGAUUCAGGGAAAGAGCAAGGAAACCAUUAGUGAAUUAGAAACUCGGCUAAGCAGCCAGGUGCAGGAAAAUGAAAUGCUACGUGGUCAAUUGGAAACCUCUUUUAGCAUGGGAGAGCAGAUCCAGCAAGAUGAAAAGGACUUGGAAGCUCUGAGAGUUCAGCUCAAGGAGGCAGCAGAAAAAACAAAUGAAUUGGAGAGUUGCUUAGAAGCAGAGAGAUCUAAGACUCACUCUGCAGGGAAUAGAGUGUUAGAAUUGGAGAAAUCUUUGGAGGAAAGUGAAGGGAGGCACCAGCAUGCACAGGCCAGGAUUGAAGAAUUGGAGAGAAUGCUGGAGGAAAACAAAAACGCCCAAGCUCAGGCCUCUCAGGAGCAGAUAGAAUCUAGUCAGUCCCAGCUUCAGGAAAAGGAUCAGAAAGUUGUAGAACUGGAGAGUCAUAUUGAGGAGUUAAAGUCCAGACUUUUUGCUGACGAGCAUAGAAUCGUUGACUUGGAGGAGGCACUGUCCUCAAGCCAACAUGAGCAUGCUCAGUCUCAUGCCAAGGUUCAGGAACUUCAGUCCAUUCUUCGAACUGAGAGAGAAACGAAUGACAGUGAAGCUCAACAGGCCAUGGAUGAGAAACUGAAUGAAUUACAACAGGCUGAGCACAGAGUUUCAGAACUCGAAGCUACACUUGAGGGUGUACAACAUAAGGCUAGGGCUGAGGAAAGCCGUAGGGUGGAACUUGAACAGACUCUAGCUGAGAAUGAAAGUGAGCUAUCAGGAUCGCAGAGUAGGAUUCAGAACCUAGAAGAACUGCUGGAGGAGAACAAGAAGGCACAAGUCCAGGCCUCACAGGAGCUAAUGCAGUCUAGAGAACUGGAACUUUCAGAAAAGGAACAAAAAGUGCAAGAAUUACAGCAAAACGUUGAGGAGAUGAAGACAAAGCUUUUUGCCAAAGAGCAGAGAAUUGCUGACUUGCAAGAGGAACUGUCUUCAAGCCAACAUGAGAUUUCUGAAGCCCAGACCAAGAUUCACGAACUUCAGUCUUUGCUUAGAACUGAGCAAGAAAUGAAGGAGAGUGAAACACGUCAGGCUGUGGAUGAGAAAGUCAAUGAAUUACAAAGGGCCGAGCACAAAAUAUCAGAACUCGAAGCCACUCUUGAGGAUGUACAGCAUAAGGCAAGGGCUGAGGAAAAUCGUAGGGUGGAACUAGAACAUUCUCUUGCUGAAAAUGAAAGUGAGUUUUCCCAAGCCCAGAGCAGGAUACAGGACUUGGAAUGCCAGUGCAGCGAGCUCACAUCAAAACUUGACACUUUCAGUGCAAAACUGUCAAAAAUGACAGAUGAUUUCGGGAAUGUGCAGUCUCAAAAUGUUCAACUUCAGGAGGAGUUGGGGACCAAAACUAAUGACUGUGAUAUCAAAAUUCAAGACUUGAUAACUAAACAUGAGCAAGAACUGAAAAAUCAGUCUGAGAAACUUGAGAAAGAGGGUAAUGCAAAGCUCUUAGAACUUAAGAAAAAAGCUGAAAUGAAACUUGCUCAAAUAAAGAAAACGUUACAGGGAAAUAAUGAAACUGCUGUAUCAGAAUUAACAGACUCUAACUCUCGGUUACAAGAACAGAUAUCUGUUCUGGAAGAACAACUUGAAACACUGACAAAAGAAAAAGAAAAUAUAAAAUUAGAAAAGGAAAAGAUGGAACAGGAGUUUUCUGUUAAAAUGGAAACACUAAGAGGGAAUUUCUGUGAACAAUUAGAGGCCAAGGAAAGGAUAGUUUUAGAAAGUAACCAGAAAUCUGAGAGCUUAGAGCAGUCUCAGAGUGGUCUAAAAAUAGUUGUAGAAACUCUGAAAGCAGAGAAGGAAGAAAUGAAUCAAAGGGUUAUCUUGUUAGAAAAGGAAAAAACUUUAAUGCAGAAAGAAAUGCAAGAACAAUUUUCAAAAUUGAACGAAGAAAGAGUACAGCUACAAAAAUUGCAAGAAAAAAUAAAAAAACUUGAGGAAGAGAAGUUAAAACUCCAGAAACUUGCCAAGAAAUUCAAGGCAGACUUUGAGUCCAGUUCAAAAAGGCUGGAAAAUCAGACUGAGGACUCUGAACUAAAGGUGUCAGCACUAGAGAAAGAGUACCAAGACAAGCUGGAAGAGCUGAAACAGGACCAAAGUGGCAGAAUACGCCAACUUGUCAAGGAGUUCAACCAACAGAUGGGCGAAAAGGAGAAAGAGUUCCACGAAACGUUAAACGCAGCUUUGGAGAAGGGUCAGAGAGAUGAUGCGCGCAUGCAGACAGAGUACAUGCAGGAGAUUGAAGAACUGCGUGACGACUUGCACGAGAAGGACCAGGCCAUGGAAGACAUGAUGGAAAAACAUCGACAGGAACUGAAGGAACAGGAGACAGAGCUAACCACCAAGUUAGAACUGUCACGGCAAGCGAUAGAAAAACUCCAGCAUCAACUCCAGGAAAAAGAUCAAAACCACGAGGCAGACAUAAAGAUCUUGGAGCAGAAGCACCAGGCGGCCAUGAAGAAGAAGCUGGAGGAGAGAGAACAGCGUCAACAGCUGGAGGUGGCUGGACUCACCAGAGAGUGGGAUCUGGAGAGAAGGUCCGAAGACAAAGCUGAAGCACAGGAGCUGUCCAGACAGAACCAGCUUGCCUUAGAGGCUGUCCAGAGUGGCUCAGCCAGUGGGGAUAUGAUGAGACAGCAAGUGAUAUCUCUAACCAAACAGUUAGAGGACCUGAAGGCCAAGCACCGUAUGGAGCUGGCGGAGGUUCAGAGUACCCGAGACAUGUCCAGUCUUCCCCAGCCCUUGCUCUCCUCCCAGCCUGAUGACGGAGCACAGGGACUGUCAGAGACACAGCAGAUAGAGCUACAGAAUAUGAAUUUACAGGCCAAGGUAAACCAGCUUACAGGUGAAACGGCACAGUUGCGCUUGAGGGAGAAAGAACUUCAGGCACAGAUUGAAAACAUGCGCUAUUCCCACCAAUCAGUGACCCCGCCUCAGAGUCCUUACCGUUACCAUAACGACACGUCACAUGACACCAGCCUAGGUCCUCUGCUGACAGAGCCUACUGAGUUGGAGUACCUGAGGAAUAUAUUGUAUGAAUACAUGAUGGGGAAAGAAACCAAGACACUGGCCAAAGUGAUAGCCACCAUUGUGAAGUUCAGCGACGAGCAGACGCGGAAGGUCAUUCAACAUGAGGAGGCUCGGCAGGGGGGUUGGUUGCUUAGCCCCUAAAGUUUACUAGUUGCUCUUGGAUACUUAUCUAUCACAACAAUACAAGAGGGCAGACAAUCUGUGAAGAAGACCAGUUCCCAGAUUUAGAGAUGAAAGUCCUAAGGAUGUAUGGGAAACUCGGAUAUUUGGGUGUAAUAAUUGUAUUUAUGCCCCCCCAGAAGCGUCCUAAAUAGAGCUGGGUGACUUCGGUGCUUGCACUUUCUGGAAUUUAUUCAAGGGUCCAUUUCCAUCUCUGCUAGCAUAAAUUGUGAUGUCAUCUCCUUCCAUUUGUAGAGGAUGGAGUACAUAUCCAGGGAGGUGAAUUGAAACCAUUGCUCUUUGCAUUUAUAUGACUUCUGUUCGAAGGAGCAUCAAAGAACUGGAUUAAACUUAACUGACUGAUUCAGAUACAAGAUCAACAAAAAAAUAAUAACAUUGCUUUUGACAAUAAUUGUGAGGGGAUGCCUUCUGGGAUUUGUUGAGGUAUCUGAACAGAUUCAUAUUACACACAGAAUCUGUAGUACCUCCUUUGCUCUGCUCACCAGAUGGCUCUGCUUACAAAAAGAGACACAGGAUGCUCCCUGUGACAUUACUACAAACAAUUUAGUACAUUGAUGCUUGCUUUAUCCAAAAAUAGAAUUUAUUUUGGAAUAUGAUGGACUUUUGAAAUCAGAAUGAUGCUGUGAUAAUAAAAUUAAUUUUAUGAAAAAAUUAAUGUAAAAGAUAGUUGGACAUGAGGUCAAAUCCUUGAGCAUGUACUCAUGUAUUAAGUGCUUUUAAUCUUUCACAGUUUUUUUUUUUAAUAUCAUCUGUGGCUUUAUAUUCAGAUAUAUAAAGAUACUGAGCAAGCAAGUCUAAACAAGUUUAACUGGAUGUAAAUGACAAUAUAAUCAUUUUAUGUGGUUAUCUGUGACUCAUUUGUCAGACUACAUUUAACAAAUUAAAAAAAAAUAAAUUGCCAGGAUAUUCUUUUUACUAGAGCCAAUGUCUUCAAGAAUACACUGCCUCGGAGUAGGCAUUUGUUUUAAGCUUCCUUGAGAGUUCAGUGUCAGAUUGGCAAUAUUCUAGUCUGAUUUUAUUCUUAAAAAUAAUAUA